UUUCCUUUUGAGUUCCUAUUCAUCGUCAUUAUCGCUACGAUGCUUCGCCAUUACCGUCGGUGGUACUCUUGGUUCUAUUGGUCAUUGUUGUCGACGAUUCUCUACAAUAUUCUCACUGGUCGUUGCUUCUCCUUGUCAAGUGUCAUGGACAGAAGAGGGGUUGCUUUCAUAAGUGGAAAGUCAUAACAUGGUGGGACAAAAGCUUCUAGAUCUGAGUGCUCUAGGAUGGAUAGCCCUGUGGAUGAGUUGUCCAAACAUAAGUUUCGGGCUCAUUUUCAUAUCCCCGACUCCAUCUAUAUCCAAUUGUCAAACGAAGAGGCUUUGUCGACAGACGAGCUUCCCCAUAAUAUGAUUUAUUUCAUGAAGGAACAAUUCGUAGUUGGUCUUUGUCUUCCAAUUCCAUAUCUCCUUAAACAAUUCUUGCAUUUUUUUUUGAAAUUUUGCCUACUUUUAUCCAUCCAAACUUCAUUUAGAUCCUCAUGGGGUGCAACGUCUUGGAUACAUUGUACCAAUUGGAUCUUUCACUCUUAGAGAUCCUUUUUGUCUACACCAUCAAAAUGAGCCUCAAGGAGUAGUUUAACUUAUUGGCUCACACCUUGUCUCUCUAGAUUACACGACCAACAAAAAAAGUCCGACUAGCAUCCUUGUGAUGUAGACGGUGAUUAUGCCCUCAUAAAGGAAUGUUUGGAUGGGUUUUCCGGGCACACCCCUUCAAAGCUUAAGUCAAAGAUGGAAGACUUGAGUAAGAUAGGUUUUUAGGAAAAAUGACAACAUACUUCCCUUAUGAUGGAUAAUGACUAUUUAUCCUUACCUAAAUGUAAUGUUUUCUCAAGUGCCUUAAUUGUACUUUGAUUGCGCGUUACCGUUUAAUGCUAAUGAUUGUUGGCUCAUAACAACUAUUGUGCCUUGAAGUUUGGCAUUUCAUUUUUAUAAUGGUUGUGUUAAUCAAUGCAUUGAAUGCUGGUUGCAGUUGAUGCUUGGCAAUCGACAAUCCAUAGUGUUAGGUUGUUUUGUGUCCGUUUAUACCUUGGUGUAGAUGGAUAAUGCUACAUGGAUCUUGUGCUACACAUGCUUUGUGCUAAACGACGCUUGGGGCUUAUGAUAGGUGGUGAUGAACGUCCCACAAUCGCUGCAACCAAGGUUAAUAGUUUGUAUUCUAAAUUUGAGUAUGUGUCCUUUAUUUUCACAUUCCCUUCAGGCCAUGAUUUGGACAGUGGAACAGAUGAUUAAAAGGAUAUUUUGUUUUUGUUGCUAUUUAUUUUUGAGGAACAAAUUUGGUGAUUUCAAUUUUUAUAUUUGAAUUUUGUAAAUGAAUUUAAUGAUUCUAGUUUUUGUAUUUGGCUGCAUCUAGGAAUGUUAGAUUAAAAUGAUUAUUUAUUUUCUUUUAAAUAUUAAUAACAGUGAGAAUGACAAAGAGAGGAAAAAAAAAAAGACAGUAAUAUUGUACACAUAAUUUAAAACAUAUUUUUAUUUUUAUUUAAUUUUUUUAGAUUUUUUAAACCAAACAAUAAAAUUUUGUUUGAUUGUAAGAUUAAAAAUUGAUGUUUUGUUUUUAAGAACAAAAAAUUAUUUCAAAAAUUUUAUAGUAGUAUUUGAUUGUUGUUUGCUAGAAAAAGUUUUUAAAAAUAAAAGAAAAUCGGUUUUAGAGAACAAGUAUAAAUUAUUUUUACCAAUUUUUUUUUUUUAUAAAAAACAUAAGAAAAAGAAAAAUUUAAUGAUGUGUAAAAUUAUUGAAAAUUUUUAAGCAUUCAAGUGGAUAUCCGUAAAAAAUUCUACAGUUAUUGAAUUACUAAUGACAAUAACGAAGAGACAACAAGGUUUCCUAAAAUCAUAUAAUUUAAUUAUUAUUUCAAUUUUAUAUCAUAAUUGAGAGUAAUUAGUUAUUAGUAAUUAGGAUUAUAUCACAUUUAUAUAUCUAUAUAUAGUAAUAUACGAAGUUACGAACUCAAUCCUCACCGGCCCAUUAAUCAUUGCUGCAUUUGCAAGCCCACAAAGCCCAUUAAUCAGAAUGCAGUGCAGCCAAAUCACCGAAGCUCCUCGAUUUUCACAAAGGGGCAGCCCGAGAACUCGAUCAAAUGGCCACGACAGGCUGCCCGUAAUCAAACGGGCAAGGAUUUGCAGAUCUUUCUAGAACUCUCCACGUGUCAACACCUAACCCUCACUCUCUUUCUAAACCCUUUUCUUAUCUUCUACUCCUCUCGCUUGCGGGUCUUCGUUCCUGAAUUCUAGGUUUAGGGUUUUUCUCUCAAACUCUCACACCUCUGGGACCCUAAAUUUCUAGGGUUGGGGUCAGGGCUUUUGUGUUCAGUCUUCGGAUUCGAAUCGUUAAACCCUAGGAAAAUGGCUUCAUCGACGGCUCAGAUUCACGGUCUUGGAACUACUGGGUUCGCCUCAUCGUCAGCGAAGCCAAAGCGUACAUCAUCUAGAACGGUGUUCUUUGGGCAGAGAUUGAGCCCUAGUACAGCGUCUUUUGGUCUACCGAAGACCGCGUUCUUGAAGCUCAAAAGGAACUCGAGACGAGACUACUCGACGGGACCUGUUCGUGUGGUAAAUGAGAAAGUGGUGGGAAUCGAUCUUGGCACCACGAACUCGGCGGUGGCGGCUAUGGAGGGAGGGAAGCCGACGAUAGUGACGAAUGCCGAGGGGCAGCGAACAACGCCGUCGGUGGUGGCUUACACCAAGAACGGCGAUAGGCUUGUUGGUCAGAUUGCUAAAAGGCAGGCCGUGGUUAAUCCCGAGAACACCUUCUUCUCCGUGAAGCGAUUCAUUGGGAGGAAGAUGUCGGAGGUCGAUGAAGAAUCCAAGCAGGUGUCGUAUCGGGUGGUAAGAGAUGAAAAUGGGAAUGUCAAACUCGAGUGCCCAGCGAUCGGGAAGCAGUUCGCGGCCGAAGAAAUUUCGGCCCAGGUACUAAGAAAGCUUGUUGAUGAUGCCUCGAAGUUUCUGAAUGAUAAAGUCACAAAAGCUGUGGUCACAGUGCCUGCUUACUUCAAUGACUCCCAGAGGACAGCAACAAAGGAUGCUGGUCGCAUUGCUGGAUUAGAAGUUCUUAGGAUCAUCAAUGAACCUACUGCUGCUUCACUGGCAUAUGGGUUUGAAAAGAAAAACAAUGAAACCAUUCUGGUAUUUGACCUUGGGGGUGGUACUUUUGAUGUCUCAGUUCUCGAGGUUGGCGACGGAGUGUUUGAGGUGCUUUCCACUUCAGGAGAUACACAUUUGGGUGGUGACGACUUUGACAAGAGAGUUGUGGAUUGGUUGGCUGCAAGUUUUAAGAAAGAUGAGGGUAUAGAUCUUCUCAAGGACAAACAAGCUCUUCAGCGUCUAACAGAGACAGCUGAGAAGGCAAAAAUGGAGCUAUCAUCCUUGACACAGACAAAUAUUAGCUUGCCGUUCAUUACUGCCACUGCAGAUGGACCCAAACACAUCGAGACUACCCUUACAAGGGCCAAAUUUGAGGAAUUAUGUUCUGACUUACUUGAUAGGCUUAAAACACCAGUUGAAAAUUCUUUGAGGGAUGCAAAACUGUCCUUCAAAGAUCUUGAUGAGGUGAUCCUUGUUGGUGGAUCAACACGUAUCCCUGCUGUUCAGGAGCUUGUAAAGAAAAUGACAGGAAAGGACCCCAAUGUCACAGUCAAUCCGGAUGAAGUCGUCGCCCUAGGGGCUGCUGUGCAGGCUGGUGUUUUGUCUGGAGAUGUCAGUGACAUUGUGCUCUUGGAUGUGUCUCCAUUGUCUCUGGGUCUAGAGACAUUGGGUGGUGUAAUGACAAAAAUCAUCCCAAGAAACACAACAUUGCCCACCUCCAAAUCAGAGGUGUUCUCAACAGCAGCAGAUGGACAGACUAGUGUUGAGAUCAAUGUACUUCAAGGUGAGAGAGAGUUUGUAAGAGACAAUAAGUCUCUAGGCAGCUUCCGACUGGAUGGUAUCCCUCCUGCACCGCGGGGAGUUCCUCAGAUUGAAGUCAAAUUUGACAUUGAUGCCAACGGCAUUCUUUCUGUCACUGCUAUUGACAAAGGCACAGGGAAGAAACAAGACAUCACCAUUACAGGUGCUAGCACCUUGCCCACUGAUGAGGUGGAGAGGAUGGUUAGCGAAGCAGAGAGGUUUGCAAAGGAGGACAAGGAGAAGAGAGAUGCCAUAGAUACAAAGAAUCAAGCUGAUUCUGUGGUCUACCAGACAGAAAAACAGCUGAAGGAGCUGGGAGAUAAGGUUCCUGCCCAAGUUAAAGAGAAGGUUGAGGCAAAACUUGGGGAGCUGAAGGAUGCAAUCUCAGGAGGGUCGACCCAGGUCAUGAAGGAUGCCAUGGCUGCCCUGAACCAGGAAGUUAUGCAGCUGGGUCAGUCCCUUUAUAACCAGCCAGGUGCUCCUGGUGCCGGACCUGCACCUGGAAGUGAGGCUGGGCCAUCAGAGUCAUCAGGAAAGGGACCGGAUGGUGAUGUGAUUGAUGCAGAUUUCACUGACAGCAAGUGAGUUAUAAAGGGAAAGCAAAAUUGUUAUUGAUCUCACAAACUUUUUUUUUCCUUUUUUAUUGGAAAUGUGCAUAAGAAAUGAUUUAUCGGGGACUCGAUUUAGUGUUGGGGCUACAUUUCCUGUCAUUUUUGUUCUGUGGGUUAUGAGAAAGUUAUUUUAUUAGAAAAAGAGAGGAUUAAACUGUCUUAAAGAUGCCCACGAUAGUGAAAUAUUUGGGUGGUCAACCCGUGCGCUCUGUUUGAACCAUAAUGCUAGAAUGAUUGAAUGGGGUUUCCCAUGAGAAUAUGCAUUUUCAUUUUUCCAUCUA